CAGAAUCCUCUACCGUCUGACUCCCCGGGAACACCAUCGCGAUGCCGUCCACGAGGCUUACCUACCGCCGACGGGCACCCUACAACACCAGCAGCCAGAACGUCCGAGUGAUCAAGACCCCCGGUGGACACCUCCGAUACCUGCACAUCAAGAAGAGGGGUACUGCCCCCAAGUGCGGUGACUGCGGCACCAAGCUUGCUGGCAUCCCCGCCCUCCGUCCCCGUGAAUACGCAACCAUCAGCCGCCCCAAGAAGACCGUCCAGCGUGCGUACGGUGGUUCGCGAUGCGCCAACUGCGUCCAGGACCGCAUCGUCCGCGCUUUCCUGAUUGAGGAGCAGAAGGUCGUGAAGAAGGUGCUCAAGGAGUCGCAGCAGAAGAAGCGCUAAGCGGUGGCGCGGUUGGGGAUCAGUGUCGAAAACUGGGCUAAAGGUGUUCAUGUGCAUUACGGGCAGUUCCCCGGUUCAGGCGGGCUUUCUUAGGACUACACGAUAUCAAGGCGAUUUCUGCAUCAUGCUCGGACGUCCGCCGAGGCAGUAGCUGGGUAGCACAAAAUCUCAGUGACAGCCACGACAUGUCCAUCCUGAUUCCAGUGCAGCGCGCAUGCCGCCAUAUUGCAAUUUAUGCUUAGAAGCUCCUCAUGAAGGCCUUCGACGAGCGUAACCCAGGGAAAUGCAAAUAUUGCUCCUUCUGGGUCCCUUCAACUUCGG